AUGUCGCGAAGAAGUGCACGACUUGAGAAUGCAGGGUACUACGAUGUAUAUAGCAGCCCCCGAAUCUCCUACUCCACUACGACUCGGUGUGACAGUUUCCCCCAGGGCCGAGUGAGACUCGCACAGAUCCAUGUGUCUGAGCCAGCCCUGAGGACCACCUGUGGACCCAGAGGAAGGGACUGCAUCAUCUCCAGCAGGAUCUGGGGAAACUUUGCGUUGGCGUCGCAUGGAGCUCAGAUCCUAACUGCUCUCAGCUCCAGAUCUCAUCAACAAAAGGGUUCUCCCAGUCGGCUGACACCUUACUCUCUAGGGGAGAUGAUCAAGGGCCACCAUUACCCUCUGGUCCCUGGGCACUGCUGGGCCUUCUCUGGCCAGACAGGAGAGCUGUUUGUGGCACUGGCUCAGAAGAUUCAUGUGUCUCACAUCACUGUGGGGCACAUCUCUAAAGAGCAGUCGGUCAAACUGGGAACGUUCCAGUACGAGUCUGGCAGAGACUCAUUCCAGACCUUUGAGAUCAAGGAGCACAACUCCAAGAUAUUCAAGUUUGUGAAGCUGGAGGUCCUGACCAACCAUGGCCACGAGGACCACACCUGUCUGUACAGCUUCAGGGUCUACGGGGAAAUCCCUGAAGCUGCAACCACCUUGUAA